AUGGAAGGCAAACUAUCGGGUGGUGACUUACUACCAAAGACUCAUGAGAAUGCCCCAUUGAAAUUUAUUGUGGGUAGUGGUCAGAUCCUUCCUGGUGUCGAAAAAGCUGUGCAAGGAAUGAUCAAGGGAGAGUCCAAGACGGUGGACAUUGAACCAGUCGACGCUUUCGGUGUCGACAAUAAGAUUCUGACAGUGCCGCUCAAAGAGAUGAACUUGCCCGAAAAAGAACGGGAGAUGCUUGCUGUCGGUCAAAUACUGGAGCUCGCAGGCGGUGAACGUGCUCGUGUUGUGAAGCUUAUGGACAACACCAUGGACAUUGACCUGGCACACCCGUAUGCUGGCCAAUCGCUGACGGUAACGCUGGAGUUGGUCGACCAUGAGCUGCAUGAGGAGUUGCACAAGAAUGAACGUCUGGUACUGCCUCAGGUAAUUGAAGAUGGCGACAAGGUGACAUUCCCUCAGCGUGGAGAUACGAUGAUCAUGCAUUAUACGGGCAAGUUGGCCAAGGACGGCAAGGUCUUUGACUCUUCGCAUGACCGUAACCAGCCGUUCCAAUUUCAAAUUGGUGUCGGCCAGGUCAUCCGUGGCUGGGAUGAGGGCGUCAUGCGAAUGAGCAAGGGUACUAAGGCGAUACUCAAUAUUCCGUCGGCUAAGGGCUACGGCAAAGCUGGCGCUGGUAAUGUCAUUCCUCCUGAUGCUGACCUAAUUUUCGAGGUUGAGAUAUUGGACAUUGUUCGUUGUUAA